CCUUCCCAUCAACUGCUGCAACACGAGGCGUGAGUUAACCCCAGCUCACGCGAAUGCAGUGUUCAAAAACUGGACUUCGCAAUCACAAGCGGGGCGGCGCACAUGGGGGGCGGCGGCGCGGCGGCGGCGCUGGUGCUGGCGGCGCUGGUGCUGGCGCCGGUGGCGCUGCCCGUGCCCGCGUGCCGCAUCUCCGAGUUCCCGUGCCGCAACAGCCGCUGCGUGCGCCUCGACCGCUACUGCGACGGCGGCGACGACUGCGGCGACCGCUCCGACGAGCCGCUCUACUGCACCGUGUGUAACCGCACGUACUACGGCGACGUGGGCAAGACGUACGAGCUGGAGCUGCACAAGCCGAGGGAGGAGCGGCUGCCCUUCCUGUGCCACCUGACCUUCACCGCCAACGGCCUGAGCCACGGGGACCUGGUGCAGCUGAUCUUCGACGCGUUCAACGUCGGCCGCUACGAGCCGUCGGCCUUGGACGGCUGCCCCGACGGCUACAUGCAGUUGUCGGAGCUGGGGCGGCCCUUCACGGGCGGCUCUUGGUGCGGCCAAUCAACGGGCCACGCCGUCUACUACAGCGAGACGACGACGGUGACGGCCUCCGUGAAGCUGUUCCCCUCGCCGAGACAGCGCGCAACCCCCUUGGAGUUCCGGCUGCGCUACAAGUUCGUGUCGCGCGGUGAAGCGGUGGUGCGCUUCGGCCCCGCAGAGUCUCCUUUGGAGCGCGGCGAGGUGGUGCCGGGCACCUACUGCAGCCGCAACUUCUACGAGUGCUACCGCAAGAGGUGCCGCCUGCAGUCGCCCAACUACCCGGGCAUGUACCCGCGCAACGUCACGUGCUACCUGACGGUGCGGCAGAAGGCGGUGCCCGGAUGCAAGCACGCCAUGGUGGCCGUCAGGCAGGAGAGCGAGCACAAGAUGCAGAUCAAGCGCGCGGUGGCUGUGGCCAGCCUCAACAAGACCGGCAGGUCGCUGCGGGCGUGGUCCGACUGCACCGGGGAGCGCGACCACCUGAUCUUCUACGACGGCGCCUCCACCGACGACCCGGUGCUCGUCAAGUUCUGCGGCGGCGACUGGCUGCCGCGCGUGGUGUCGCGCGGGCCCGAGAUGCUGGUGGCCUUCCACUCGUCGCCCUUCAGCGCGCCGCUGCACGCCGGCGGGGGAGGAGGGGGAGGAGGGGGCUCCCCGGCGUCGCCGCUGCGGGGCUUCGAGCUCGACGUCGACGUGGUGUUCAGCGACUCCGACUCGCUGGACUACUCGCGCGACCCGCGCAGUUUGUGCGAGUUCUGGGUGAACGCGACCAGCUCGGACCAGCAGCCCGAGGACCCGUGGAGUCGGCCGCGGGGUCGCGCCGGCCACGUGCUCAGCCCGCGGCACACGCUGCCGCCCAACACCACCUGCACCUACCGCUUCUGGGGCCGCCCCGGCGACCUGGUGUGGCUCUACUUCGUCUCCUACUCGCACCAGGUGCUGCUGCCUCGCUCCCCAAGUGAGGCGCCCACGGCCGCCUCGCCAGCGCCCGCCGACGCCGAAGGCGACGUCGAUGCCAACUCCACCGCGUCGUCAUGCUCGACGCGGCUGCGCAUCUGGGACGGCGGCGGGCCAGCUGGCGGAGCGCUUCUCGGCGACCACUGCGACUCCGACCCGCCGCGCCUGUGCGACCACGGCUCGCUGGGGAACGCGACGCGCGCCACGCGGCCAUGCUCCGCGCGAGAGAGCUACGUGUCGUCGGGCCCGGCGCUCACGGUGCAGCACCGCACGGAGCACGGCACGGCGCUGCACCCGGCCGCCUUCCGCCUGCGCUACGAGUUCGUGGACACGCGGCUCGGCGGCGAGGCCUGGCCGGCGCGGCGCGGCGAGGCGGUCCCACCGUCUUGCAGCCGCGUGUUCCGGCGCGCGCGCUCCGGCAGCUUCCACUCCCCCAGGAACGUGUUCCUGUUCGGGCGAGGCGGCGCGGCCAACCUGAGCUGCGUGUACCGCCUGGAGGCGGGCUCGGGCGAGAAGAUCCGCCUCACGCUGCACAACGCCUCCUUCGGCGAUGACGGGGGCGGCUGCGUGACGGAGCAGGACCCGCACACGGGCCGCCCCCGCUGCUCGCACGCCGGCGGCGGCGGCGGCGGCGGCGGCGGGGGCAGGACGGCGGAGCUGCGCCUCGUCGAGGUGCCCUGGAAGGACGUGCGGGUGGCGCGCGCCUGCCUCUGCGACAACUCCACGCUGUCGGCCACCGGCUCGCGCCACCUGGUGUUCCUGUCGUCGUCGCGCGUGCUCGAGGUGCACUUCGCCGCCACCCGGCUCGGCAUGGCCGAGGACUACGGCCAGCUGUACUUCCACGCGUCGUGGGAGCUGGUGCCCGCCCCGGACUGCCCCAGGAGGCAGCGGCUGCGCGGCUCCGGCGGCGAGGUGGAGUUCGUGAGCCCGCCGGCGGGCGGCGCCGACGAGUACUGCGAGGGCGUGCCCUGGCUGGUCGAGGCGCACGAGAACCGCAGCCUGUUCCUGCUGACCUGGGGCAGCUUCCUGCCGCUGGAGCCGUCUCCCGAGGAGCCGGCGCGCUGCCCCACCAAGAACCGCAUCCUGCUGUACUCGGGCCGGCCCGCCAGGCUGAUGCGGGUGGUGUGCCCGGCGGCGCCCAACGCCCGCCAGUUCGCCGUGCACGUCUUCUCGGAGGAGUGGUUCGGCGGCGGCGGCGGCGGCGGGGGCGGCGGGGACCUGUACCUGCAGGCGCCGCGGCCGCCCAGCUUCCUGGUGGAGUUCGUGGGGCGCGACCCGGGGCUGGCCGCGCUCAACUGGCUGGAGAUCUCGCGGUCGCGCGCCUCGCUGCUGCAGCAGCUGCGCGCCGAGCUGUCCGCCUCCUCCUCCUGGGCGGCUGCCGGCAACGACUCGGCGCUCCCGCCGGCGGCCGACUGGGAGUGCCCGCACCGCUGCCCCGAGCUCAACGCCUGCAUCAGCGCCAGCCUGUGGUGCGACGGGCGCGCCAACUGCCCGUCGGGCUACGACGAGGCGGAGCCGCAGUGCGGCGCGCGCCGCGGGCUGCUGGGGCUGCUACCCGGGGGAGCUCUCGCCGUGCUGGCGUGCGGGGCCGCCGGCCUGGUCGCGCUCUUCGCCUCGGGCUGCGCUCUGCUGGCGAGCCGGGCGCGCGCCAGGCGCCGGAGGCAGCAGCUGCUCGGCAAGAAGAGGCGCAAGAAGAGGCGCGACGGAGCGGAGUCCUCGGGCCCCAGGCGCGUGCCCACAGAGGAGCUGCUGCUGGACCCCUCCGGGUCCACGGGCUCCUCCUGA